AAUUACAAUCGAGCACGUCCAUCGUAGUUUCCGGCAAAAUCAAAACACGGCGAACAGCUGUCAACUGGACACGUUGCACGCAAUUUGCGAAGAUGCAGUUUGACAUUCGCAGGUUUGACAUCUACCGGAAGGUUCCUAAGGACCUCACUCAGCCCACCACCACUGGGGCCUGUAUCUCCAUAUGCAGUGUACUCUUCAUGCUGUACUUGUUUGGGGCGGAACUACUGGGUUUCCUGCAACAUGAAGUAGUAAGUGAGCUGAUAGUGGAUGACCCUGUGAAAUAUUCAGAGAAGAUUCCAGUGUUCCUGAAUAUUACUCUUAUGAAUACAAAAUGUGAAUUUGUUGGGUUGGACAUCCAGGAUGAUAUGGGGCGACAUGAGGUUGGUUUCCAAGACAACACAGAGAAGAUCCCCAUGUAUGAUGAUAACGGCUGCCGAAUGGAGACACACUUUCUCAUCAACAAGGUGCCAGGCAAUUUCCACGUAUCAACUCACUCAGCCAAAUCCCAGCCCACAGCAGGUGACAUGAGACACGUGGUGCACAAGCUGAGGUUUGGCAUGGACCUGGAGGCUGGCAAGGAUGUGAAGGGAUCCUUUAACCCCAUGGAGUCUCUGGACAAGGCUGGAGGCAAUGCACAGGCUACCCAUGACUACAUAGUACGUGUGGUCCCCUCUGUGUAUGUGAGCAUGAACGGUAACAAGAGGUUCCCCUACCAGUACACCUACUCCUACAGGGAGUUAGUACAGUACGGCCAUGGUGGUCAUAUGAUGCCAGCUAUUUGGUUCCGAUACGAACUCAGUCCCAUUACCGUACAGUAUACUGAAAAGAGGCAGCCAAUUUAUCAUUUUCUCACUACGGUCUGUGCUAUUAUCGGAGGAACGUUCACUGUGGCCGGAAUUUUGGACUCCUGUAUAUUCACAGCACAUGAAAUCAUUAAGAAGAUUGAGAUCGGCAAACAAAGCUGAAUGGAUCCCUGCUCUUAGGUCUUAUCAAAUGUAUGAUAUUUUACUCUGGCUGCUGAAGUACACUGAGAAUUGAAAGUGUAAAAAUGUGCACAUUUUUGAGCUUAAAAUAAAAUGAGAAUUUGUCAUAUUGAAUUUAUCAUUUAGUUUCUGUUUCUUUUCACUUUUAUUACACUCAUUUGUUAAAAAGUAGAUAAUGCCAGUAGAUAUAUUAAUUUCCUAAAGUUCUAUACAAUGUAGUCAUAAAUAGAUGAUUACAUGUACAAGUUAUGAACAUUGUACAGUAUUAUGCAAUAUAUUUUUGUAUGCAUUUUUAGCUAGACUAUUAUAUAUGAAAUACAUAUAGUGGAGCUAUCUUACUCACCCCGGCGUCGGCGUUCCCGUUCCUGUUAGCGUUAGCGUGCAAAUGUUUAAGUUUGCGUAUUACCCAAAAUAUUUCCUAUGUCCUUUAACAAAUUGCUUUCAUAUUUUGCAUACUUCUUUACCAACAUGACCCCAAUCUAUAAACAAGAGCAGACAACUGAAUCAAGCAUUUUGACAGAAUUAUGGCCCCUUUUAUACUUAGAAUAUGUAUAUUAUUGAUAAAUCUAUGUUUAAGUAUCCGUACUACCCCAAAUAUUUCCUAUGUCCUUUGACAUAUUGCUUUCAUAUUUUGCAUACUUUUUUACCAACAUGAUCCCAAUCUAUAAACAAGAGCAGGCAACUGUAUCAAGCAUUUUGACAGAAUUAUGGCCCCUUUUUAUACUUAGAUAAUUGAACAUUUUGCUUAAAUUGCCAUUACUUCUUUAUUUAUGAUCACAUUUCAUUCAUACUUUGACAAAACAACACUUACCUGACAUACCACAAUGGAUUCCACCCAAACCAUCCCCCAUGCCCCACCCCAGAAUCCCCCCCACCAAUAAAAAAUAAUAUUUUUUUCCCCUUAUUUUUGAAAGAUCAUCUAUUAAAUGACCACACACCCACAUUUUACCCCCCCUCUCCAUGUUGGCUUACGUUAUACUGUCAAGCACUUGAAUAGUCGAGCGUGCUGUCCUCUGACAGCUCUUGUUUAGCAUUGUUUUUAAAUUUCUUCACAUCAUUACACAGAUAUGUAAAAGAACAAAUAUUUUCUGCUUUAUUUUGUGUAAUAAAAUUAUUGUUUGGGCCUAUGAUCAGACAUAAAAAAAUAAUUUAAAAAACACAAUUGACAUAUCAACAAUCUACACGGUUUAUCAUUAAAUGACCAUAUCAUGCGCCUAAUUGUCAAUUUAUGUGAAAAAGUAUAGUUACAAAUCAGAUUUUUUUUACUUAAAUACUAUAUAAAUACCCUCUCUUUUGUUUAUAUCCACAUCUAUUUAUAUCUUUGAUAUCAAUUAGAACACAAAGACUAUAAUGCAUUUUAUUUACAUAUGUGUAUCACAGUAGAUAAAUAUAUCUACAUUCGGCACAUAUGUUUAUGUGCAGUUAAGAACUCUUAGUGUUGUACAUUCUAGGGUUGUGAAACUUUUAGUCUAGCAUUAAUCAUGAAUCAAUUUACACAGUGUAGUUGUAUUAUAUUUUGGAUUAGCCUUUGCUUUCAAACAAUGUACAUUCGAUUUUCAAACCUAUCUGUUUAAACUUUAAAGCCAAAAAGUGGUAUCACCACAUGCAAAAAACACUGAAAACCCCUAUUUUAUUUAGUGGUAUAAAGCAUAAAACGAGUGGAUAAUGUUUAUAAACAGAUAUAUGAAAGCAGGAUGGAUCUGAGUCUGUUGUUGCUAUAGUAUAUUGUCAUAUUUGUCACUUUCCAAUUCAUAUUUAAACUAAUUAUUGUGUAUAGAAAAUCUGUGUAAAUUGUUUGAUGGUAUAUGUUUAGAAGAACACAAUAGUUGUUUGCAAUUUUCAUAUGAAAAAAGAUUUCUUAUUUAUGCAUUUGAUAUAAAACAACAACACAACAGCUGUUGAUCUGAUUUGAUAUGUUUGAUAUUUAUUUAAGAUUUAGUAACCACAUUUUAAAUUGAUCAUAAGAAGUGUUUAUGCCUCCGAAGGAGGGUAAAUAGUGAUCGGACCGUCCGUCCGUCCUUCCGUCUGUCCGUCUUUCCGUAACACUUUGAGUUUAGGUUUCACGGUUAGGUUUCGAAAAAUGCUCAUAAGUUCUAUGUCCCUUCACAUAGCAACUUGAUAUUUGGCAUGCACUUGUAUCUCAUGGAGCUGCACAUUUUGAGUGGUGAAAGGUCAAGGUUAUCCUUCAAAGUCAAAGGUAAAAAAAACAUGUAUCAAAGCGGCGCAGUAGGGGGCAUUGUGUUUCUGACAAACACAUCUCUUGUUUAAUUUAUUUUUUGUUGUUAUAACUAAAAGUUUUACAUAGAUACAUGUAUGUUAUAUAUAUGCGCUGUCUUUUUGUUUAUAGACUGCAUGGGCCAGAGUGGUGAAGCUACUUUUGAGAUUGUUUAAAUUAUUUGAUAUAAAUUUCACAUGCCAUAGUUUAAUGUAUGCCACGAUAAUGUAUUGAGUGGACAGUUUUUUUUAGCUGAGUUAUCUUUUACAAAUGUAAAUAAACGAUUUUUAUUGCUUUGUUAUUAAAAUACAAGUUUUGCAUUGUAGAGGUAGGAUGACUGAUGUUUUGAAAAGAAAAUCAUUUAAGGAAAUAAAGCUCAUUAUUGCUUUUAUUUUUAAUGUAAAUUUUAAUUUUGAAAUUUAAAAUGAACCUUUUGUCCUACACAUGAUGAUUGUUAUGUAUGAAGGUAUGAACAAUGUCAAUAAGUGAUAUAUUUUUGCUGUGUGAAUGUAAAGUUGUAUUAACCAAUAAGAAAUGUGAAGUUAAUUAUGUUAUUUAAAAGAUAAGGUGUUUGGUAACAGAUCUAUAAGGAUGCAUUUAUGUAAGUGUUUUGUGUUUCUGAUAAUGUGCGAACAUUUUACUUAUUUUCUUUUUGUACUAAUUAGGGCACAUAUCAGCAAAGUAUGCUAAUGUUGAGCAUUUGUGACCAUCUUUUGCUGGUCAUAUUUUGUCAACAUUCAACUCUCAACGCUGCAAUUGUUGAAUUUGUUGCCUAAUGUUCUUGUAAUUUGUUAGAACAUUAUUAUGAAUUAUAUUCUUGUCAAGUUUGAAAUUGGGUUAUGUGGGAUCAAAAACAAGCUCACUAAGUAAUAUUGUAAUAUAGUUAGAAACUACUUUUCAUGAAACUUGGUCAGAACAUGUGAGCCAAUGAAAUCUAGACCAAGUUUGGUGUCUUUGGUUUCAAAAUCUAGGUCAGUAGGUCAAAUUAGACAAAAUCCAUGUGAACACUCAGGAGGCCAUAUGUUUUGUCCAUUCUUCAAUAAACUUGGUCAUACUAUGUAUGUUGACCCAAUAACAUCUUAGGUACUGGCUGCAGUCAAAAAUUAUUUUACUAAGUCAAGUUAAAAGAAAAGCUUGUGAACACUCUUGAGGCCUUAUUUAUUGCACAAUCUUGUGGAAACAUGGUCAGAACAUGAAGUUUGUCCCAAUGAUAUCUUAGAUAAGUUUGAUACUCUGUUAUUUGGCGUCAAAAACUAAGUCACAAUGUCAAAUUAAAGAAAAAACUUGUCAACAUUGUAGAAGUGACAUUUGUUUUUGCAAUCUUGAUGAAAUGUACUGUGAGCAUUUAUAAUGAUUUCUCAAAUGAAUGGGAUAUGGCUGAUGUCCUUUGAAAAAUAUGGCACAGUUUUCCUUAUGUUGCUUAAGUAAAACCAUUUGAAUCAUUAAGUCACAUUUUGUACCUACUUAUCGUUACACUUGCUCAGAAAAUUCAAAUAUUGUGUAUAUCUGAGCUGAGUUAGAAAAUGUUAAUUGGUUGUUUAAAAACAGGAGUUGGGGCAGUUUUACUUCUAAGUGUAUUGUUAAAGCUUGUGAACACUACAAGCUCCUGCUCCAGUUCAGGGUCUAAGGUGAGUGCUUUCGGUCCUUUGGCCCAGUGUUAUGAUUAAGAGUAGAUCUGUAGAUUUUUCCAAAAUAAUAAUGACUUUUAAAAUAAGGCAUUUUGAAAAACAAAGAAAUAGUUAUUUCGGUCUUUGAACCCAAAUAUUGUCAUAAUUUGUUUGCAAUUCUGUUAUUAUAUAUUAUAUUAGGCAGCACUUGAAAGGGGAUGCUAAUUAUUUUGUUUGUGUAUUUAUUUUUUGGUGGUUGGCAAUGAUGCAGAUCGAAUGUUUUGUAUGAUACUGAUAUGAUUUAUAGAUGUAUAUGUAUGUGUUACUUUUAGAUGUGCCUAUAUCUUAAAGUAUUGAAUAUCGCCAUAAGCAUAUAUAAUACACUCUACCAUAUUUGUAACACAUACAACGCUAGGAGCAUAAAGCUCAUCUAUGAUAUGUAACUACGUAAUGAUCAAGUCUGUCAGUUUUAAGGUUACAUCCCUUGCCAUAUUUAAAGGAAAAUAUUUAAGUCCUUAACAAUGAUCUCUUUGUCGAGAUGGUGGACAGCUUUAUUUACCAUGUCUUGCAAAGAAUAUUUAAACAGCUGCGUCUUUGAUUUCCUAUGAUAACCGUGUUGCUAAAAUGGCAGAUGUUAUGUUAUUGGCCGAAAACAAAGGUGCAAACACUGUCAAUGUCUUGAAAGUGUAUUGGUCGCAAAUGUUUAUUUUGGUUACAAGCUUGGUUAACAAAGCAUCUGGGUUAUAUGAAAUUACCAAACACGGAAAAACAAAAAGAUUUUUCACAACACAUAAUAAGCUGUUAGAACAAUAGAUCUAGAUCAUAUUUAAGUUUAUUUUGCCUAAUUAUUGUUGAAAAAAUUAUGUUAUUCUAUUUAAAUGUUAUAAAUAAAUAUAAAUCUCAUGUUAGUUUUUUUAUUUAGACUGAUUUGCUUAGUAGAUUUGUGUAAUUUCUCACAUUCCAAGUGUGCAUCUAGUCGCAGUGUAUACAAUAUACGACACCUUCAUAUGUCUAUAUUUGAUUAUGUUUUGCCUGUACGUAAAAAAGCGUAUGACAGUGUUAUUUUAUCUUUUGUGGACAUGGUACUUUUUGUUUAAAUAUACGAUGGCAGAAAUACAUAUUUACCAUAAAA